AUAUUGGGAUGUAAAUGAGGGCACAGCGCGUGCUGGCUCAGUGAAAGCGUCCGAUUGUUUAUUGAGCUCGCGGAGCCACGCGCCCGGCUCGCGGAGCGUCACCCUGAAAGGGGCGGAGUCUCGCGCAAGAAGCGUGCGUCUUCAAAGGGGGGUUGGGUGUCGGACGCGUGUUGAAAAAGCCCAGAGCUGCCAAAGUUUGUAUCAGAUCCGAGGGACAGCAAGACUCGGACCACAAUACUCGCGACCGAGCACGCGAAACGCACGAGAGUCGCGCGUCGCUAGUUUUCUCUUUGUGUUCUUUUUUUUUUUUUUAAGUGACAGUGGAUUUGUUGUUCGAGACGAUUUGGAUGCAAACAUGGAUACUGCUCAAAGUGCGUGCAACGCGUCCGUCAUCCUGCAAGAGUGCGCGCUCCCGAGCGCGAGCCAAUCCAAGUCGAAGGUGCUGAAAAGACAGCGCUCGAGCUCACCGGAGCUGUUGCGCUGCAAGCGGAGACUCACGUUCAACGGGCUGAGCUACUCCAUCCCGCAGCAGCAGCCCGUCGCGGUGGCGCUACGCAACGAGCGCGAGAGGAACCGCGUCAAACAGGUCAAUAUGGGAUUCCAGACGCUGCGCCAGCACGUCCCCAACGGCGCGGCCAAUAAGAAGAUGAGCAAAGUGGAGACGCUCCGCUCCGCGGUGGAGUACAUCCGCGCGUUGCAGCAGCUGUUGGACGAGCACGACGCGAUUUCAGCCGCGUUCCAGCGCGGCGUUCCGUCACCGACGCUCUCCAACGCGUACUCGGCCGAUCCCGAGUCGCCACACUCCUCGUAUUCAUCCGAUGAAGGGAGUUACGAGCACCUGAGCUCCGAAGACCAAGAGCUGCUGGACUUCACAACCUGGUUCGAUCGCUACUGAUGAGAUCUUACAUUCCUCACCUAAACAUUCCGAGGGAACUUCACGAGACUGCUGGAAAAGCCCGUUCAUGUGCUCUGGAACCUGGUUGCUGGUUUAUUGCUGGCAUGGGGAUUUGUUGCUGGUCCUAGACGAUCUUAGACCUGCUAGAAUCCAGCUACUGCGUUCCCAAAUAAACCUGGACCCUUGCAAACUUCACAGAUGCUGCUUUGUUGACUCUGUGGGCAGCAGUCUGGGACGCUGUGGCUUAGUGGUUAAGCUGGAAAAGGUUGUAGGUUCAAAGCCCAGUGGGGUCGAUGAGUUUCUAUAGUUGUGAAAGAAGUCACGACUGCUGGAUGAACACAUUUCAUAAGUGCAAUUGUGGGCAUGAUAUGUUGACGCAACUGAUGCUGUUUCAACUUCUCUAAGAAUGUCAUGUUUUUGGGAAUAUUGAUUAUUACCUACAACCAACUACCAGGUCUGCUUAAGGACCCACGUGGAAAUUUGUACAAUAACUUUUUGUGUUGUUAAAGAUGAAGAUAUAUUUUUGUAUGUGGAGCGCAACAGCCUCUUUGUGACAAUGAACGCUGUUAGUUUGUUGUAAUAAUAAUAACCGUUCCGUUUAGAUCAAAGUUGUUUUAACACUGGAGAAGAGUUGAUCUGUCGAUCUGUAUUUAUCAAAAGUUUAUCGUCUAUAGAUGUAGUUCUUCCUGUGAUACAUGGCAGACUUUUUCAAUGCACUUGUCCAUUUUUAGUAGUGUACAUAAAUGAUUGUAACAAUAUAUUUUGUGGAAAUGUUUUUAUAAAUAAAUCUGCUCUAUUUAUACAUA